GAGAAGGCGAGAAAGACCAGAAGAACAAGAGAAGCAUGCCUGCAGGAGCUGAAUUGGAAGUUUUUGCCUUGUUUUCGGUGUUAGAAUCGUGACUUUUUUUUAUUCCUUGAGAUAUGACUAAACAGGAGCGUCUUUAGCAGUUGGAUUUUUUUUUUUAUAAUCUCAAUUCUGUCACAAGAUAAAUCGCUCCAACCUGGUCCGCUAUGAGCGCGUCUGCAGGGACUGGAGUGUUUGUGCUCUCCUUGAUGUCCAUCCCCAUCUGCUAUUUAUUUAAUUCCCUCAUUUACAGCAACAGUGCUGACGCUUUCUUCUUCGCUGGGUGUUCAACAGUCCUGAUCCUGGCCAUUUCAGCUCGUUUUAUACUCAAGAAGAAGGCUCCAGUAGAUCCUCUUUUCUAUGUGUAUGCAGUGUACACAUUCCUCAGUGUGGUGAAUCUGAUCAUUGGGCUGGAACAGGACAACAUCAUUGAUGGAUUUGUGACGUUUUACCUCAGAGAGGCAGAUCCACAUAUUAACACAGCACAUGGACACAUGAUCUCCUAUUGGGAUGGCUGUGUGCAUUAUCUCAUCUAUCUGCUAAUGAUUGCUGCAAUUACUUGGGGGGACAGUUACAGAGCCAUUGGACUCUACUGGGUGGGAUCUUUUCUCAUGCGUGCCAUAGUCUACAUUCUUGGGAAUGCUGUGGGGAAAUAUGGGACCCAUGUUAGUCCUCUCUUCCUCCUCCACAUGCUAUAUAUCUCAGUGUCUGUCUGGGCCUGCUUCCGCACCUUCAGCCAGCCCUCCACAUGGGAUGCUCAGUUUCCUAGCAUCCAGGAGGCGGAAAGAAAAUGUUUACUCCACAGACCUCUGGACCUACUGUUCAUCAUCUACCUCAUCCUUGCUUUUGCUUUCUGUGUCUUCAGAGGCCUGGUUGUUCUGGACUGUUCCAGCAAAUGGUGUCAAGUCUACACACAGCAGUAUGAGCCUUACCUAAAAGACCCUUCAGCCUAUCCUAAAGUACAGAUGUUGCUGAGCAUGCUGUACUCUGGACCAUACUACAUCAUUACUCUCUAUGGGCUGAUGGUCCCGGGAUGUGAGUGGAUGCCGGAUCUGACUCUUGUACACUCUGGAGCACUGGCACAGGCCCAGUUCACUCAUAUCGGUGCAUCACUUCACACACGGACGCCGUUUUCCUACAGAGUGCCUGCUGAUAGCCAGCCUGUCUUCUUGCUGGUUAAUGUCCUGUACGCUCUAGUGCCUCAGGCUCUGUGCUACCGCUGCUGCUCCAGGCCUGCCUUCUUUCUCAGGCCAACGCCAGAAAAGAAGACUGAAUAAAGAGAGAGAGAGAGAAAGAGUGCCAGGAAUGUCAAGGAUGCCUAAAUAAAAGGUUGUAAUACUUGCAAAGUACUGCUCUGUGUUUGCAGUUAUUAGCAGUUGUCAGUUGCUUUUUUUGGAGCUUCCACCUCUUUAACUUAGUCUCGCUGACCUGUCUCCACAGUGCUGCGAAGUAACCUUUAACCUUGAUGAGGGCUUAAGGAGGGUAUCAAAAGGAGUUUGAUACUGGAGUGUGUGUGUGUGUGUGUGUGUGUGUGUGUGUGUAAUGAUUCUCUUAGCCUUCUUGCAGCACCCGGUGUAAAUUGUAUAUGUCUAUUGUAUAUUUUAUAUAUAUAUAUAGCAAGCACAGGAAGGCACAAACAGUGUCACUGUAUGGAUAAUAGUGUGUAUGGGAAUCAAACUACUUGACAAUACUCAUUGUUCUUAUAUUUUUGGUAAGUUGGUUACAAAAACUGCUUUCUUGUUGACACUGAGGUUUCUGUGCAGUGUUUUUUUGCUAGUGG